AGCUUAUACGACUUAAAGUGUGCCUGUAUUCAUAAUAUUUCCUAUAAAUGAGUAUUUUCAAAGCGGUUCCCAAUGAAAAUGUUAGUAAUACAGUAUACUGUCCUGUUUGGGCUACUUAGUUUCACCUAUUCAGCAAUCAUAUUCGAUAACUGUCCAGAAGAUGACGUCGUGGUCAAUAACACUGAUGAAUUUCCAUAUGUGUAUACUAUUCCAGUGAUUACAGCAACUGUUAAUUCCACUGGGGUAGCAGCAGCCGUUAAUUUAACGUCAUUACCGUCGUAUACUUUAGGUGAUAAUGUGUCAUUUCCAGCAGACACUGCUGAUAUUUUUGAAUAUACGGCAACAGCGAGCGGCGAAGAAACAAUAUUUUGCAUAUUUAUCCUGUAUAUAUAUGACACUGCGGAUCCAAAUAUUUACGAUUGUCCACACGAUACUACAGUAAACACUACAUUCCGCCUACCCACUGCUAAUGUUUCUUGGAACGAACCAUUCGCUGAGGACAAUUCUGGUACAGUAAACCUUACUGUUGAUAUUGAACCAGCCAGUAUAUUCCAAAUAGGUGACACUUUAGUAACAUACAUCGCGGAAGAUCCAAGUGGAAAUACUGAUAUGUGCUCAUUUACACUCACUGUUCAAGGCUUUCCCAUUUCAGAUCGGAUAGGAGUUCAGUAA